AUGACAAUCAACUAUGGAUCAAAUGAGGCGCUCUCAGCCAAAGUCCCCGAUAAUGGCGAAGUUCCCAGUAUCGGUGCCCCUCAAGCAGAUGGCCAUCUCAGCACGAUCUUGAAUGGCACGAAAGCUUCACAUACCAACGGCACAUCUUCUCCUAGCAAAUAUGCCAUCCCCUUGAACAACCAACUAGCGUUUACUCCCCGCAAACUGCGCGUCAUUACCAUCGGUGCAGGGUACUCCGGUUUGAUGGUAGCGCAUAAGUUCCAACAUCGCUUUCCGGAGAUGCAAGACAUAAUUGAGCACAAGAUAUUCGAAGGUCGAUCUGAGGUAGGGGGCACAUGGCUAGUUAAUACCUACCCUGGGGUUCAAUGUGACGUGCCAGCUCAAAUCUAUGCAUUUCCAUUCGAUCCCAAUCCAAAUUGGAGCCAUUUUUAUGCGAGCGGAGCGGAAAUUCAGGAGUACAUCAAAGCGACCGUGAAGAAGUGGAACCUCGACAGAGACAUUCAGCUAAAUACUCAAGUUACCAAAGCUGAGUGGCAAGCAGAGGAGGGAGUCUGGAAAGUGUCUGUAGUGCACGAUGGUAAAGCCCGCGACGAAUAUGCUGAAAUUUUGAUUUCAGCUCAGGGAGUACUUCUUCAUCAUCACUGGCCUGAGAUCCCGGGUCUGAAGGACUUUAAAGGUCAUGUCACGCACUCAGCAAAUUGGGACCACGAUUACGAUUACUCUAACAAACGCAUAGCCGUCAUUGGCAACGGAUCGUCGGGAAUUCAAAUCGUGCCUCAAAUGGCCAAGCUGCCCGGAACAGAUGUUACAAAUUUUAUACGGGGCCCAACCUGGGUCACAUACAGAGUAUCGCCUUCAACCCAUCUGGGUCGACCAUCUGAUGAGUCCAAUCCAAGUUACCUAGAAUCGGAAAAGAAGGAAUUUGCAGAGAAUCCCACAACCAUGAGAGAUCAUAGGAGGGCGAUUAUUUCACGAAGUACCAAGGCCUUUCGCAUGUUCAUCAAAGGCUCAGAUACAAAUAUUGAGGGCCAAAAGUUUGCAGUGGCGCAGAUGUCAGAAAAGUUGGGCCACGAUCCAGUCCUCUGCGAAAAGCUCAUUCCAAAAUGGGACUUGGGAUGUCGCCGAGUGACUCCAGGCCCAGGUUACUUGGAAUCGUUCCUCCUGCCCAAUUGCCACCUCACAGACAGCGGUAUAACGAAGAUUUCUGAAAACGCAGUUCAUACAGCGGACGGCAAAGUUCAUGAAGUAGACGUCGUGGUUUGUGCAACCGGAUUCGACACCUCACAUUGUCCUCAUUAUCCUAUCAUCGGCGCUGGAGGCGUUGACCUCGCAAAAAGCUGGAAGGAUGACGCACGGUCUUAUUUGUCUGUGUUAUCUGCAGAUAUGCCCAAUUACUUCAUCAUGAGUGGACCUAACGCUGUUGCUGGUCACGGGUCGCUUAUCGAAGUGAUGAACUGGACUAGUGAUUACUUUGUGAAAUGGAUCCAAAAAAUUGCGACGGAGGAUAUUAAGUCAAUUGCGCCCAAACACUCCAUUGUGGAGGCAUUCAACCAAUACGGUGAUGAGAUUCUGAAGACGUUGGUAUGGACUUCAGACUGUAAGAGUUGGUACAAGAGAGGCACUGUUGACGGCAGAGUGACUGCACUUUUUGGAGGAACGAACAUCCUGUAUAAGAGGAUUAUUGAAAAUAUCCGUGGAGAGGACUUUGACAUUGAGUAUAGAAGCCCGAACCGCUUCAAGUUCUUUGGAACUGGCUUCACUCCAUAUGAGGUAGACGACAAGAACGAUAUGGCAUGCUGGAUUGAGCAGAGUGUCAACGCACCAAAACGGAAACGUGCAGGACUUGUCUGUGUUACAUGUCAUGAAAGAAAGAUCAAGUGCGACCUGCAGAAUGAUAUCGACUCAGUUCACAAGCGCUGCUCAAAUUGUGCUACAAAUGGCCAGGAAUGUCGGGUUCGAGCAUCGAAGCGUGGCUAUCACCGCGCUCAGCAAACGCAAGCUCCUUCACCCAGGGCUCAAUCGGGACCAGUCGAUGAGCUUCCAAGUGCCCUCUAUACACCACCUCAAAGUACAGCAACCGAUGAAAGGAUAUCUAUAGAUUAUACACAACCAACGAUCACGCCCCGCGGCCCAGAUAGCUAUCCUUCGCGCCACGAAGGAAGCCAUGACCAGUACGCGGCGCUGGCGAUUAACCCUAUCGAUGUACCUGCUGCCUCCCAGAUUGGGGCAGGAGCUCCGGCGGAAGGCAGGUCCGUAGCGUCGCCACAGUCAAGCCGCAGCAAGGCCACGGAAGCCUACCUUGGUGAUGCCGGGUUUCUCCAGGUCUUUACCCAAGAUUAUCGAGACUACGCAAGUGGCCGGCAGCCAGGUCCCAGGGGAGGAUCAUUGAGUCUAGGCCUUCCAGGACCCGAUCUGCAGCAGAGCUUCACCGAAACAUAUUUUAAAUACUGCUAUCCUUGGUGCCCGGUUCUCGAUCAGGACACAUUAUUCACUGAUCUAGCACGAUCCCCUCUUCUUGCAAAUGCUCUUGCGCUUGCCUCAAGUCAUAUUCAGCCCCCCGUGAUUCCGUCCACUAAACCAGCAACGUACUAUAGUCAGGCGAAACAAAUGUUUUAUGAUGAUGACGAAGCCGACCCAGUCACUUGUCUUCAAGCAAUCUGUUUAUUUUAUUGGUGGAGCCCUCGUCCAUCGUCACAAGUGCAGAGGGAUGGUGCUUGGUGGUGGAGUGCGGUAGGCAUAAGGCAAGCCCAGCAGAUGGGCUUCUACCGCGAGCCCAAGCCUGACCACCCCAACAGUUCAAGCAUGGAUCGUGGUUUGCGGCGAAGGAUCUGGUGGACCUUUUUCGCCCGGGAACGUGUGACCGCGAUAUGCCAGAGUCGACCAUGUCUUAUCGAUCCUGCGGACUGUGACAUCCCCCUACCAACUCUGGAAGACUUUCCAGACCCUACCAAUCCUAAAGCGGAGAUUUUUAUAUACUGGGUUCGACUAUGCGCUAUCAUGGGUCGAGUGGCAAAAUACCGAUCUCAAGUUACUGGUGUUGCCGGCCUUCCGUUUCCGACUCAACUCACGGAGGAAUUGAUUGACUGGGUUCAGUCACUUCCUUCGCAUCUUAAACUGCCAGUUGAAUCGAGCUUUACAACCAAUUUCAAUCGCGAUGUACACCAAUUGCACUUGCAAUAUCUCGCAGUGAUUAUCGUUCUUUACUUAAGCCCAUCGUCCCAGCCGCUCCCCCGGGCACACGUGGCAGCGAUGAUGGCCGCCUCCUGCGUCGCUCGCAUUUUUAAGGAUUACUUGGCUCGAGGUGGCAUUCGAUUCCUUAUGCCAGUUUCAGGCUGGAUGUGCGGGAUAGCGAUGUUGGCUCUAUUGCGGGCUAGCCUAGAGCAGCCUACCCAACAUGCAGAGGAAGAUAUGAAAAUUCUAGUCUUCACCCUCAAAGAGUUACGGGCCUCAUAUCCAGUUGCGGAUGUGUUUCUGCAAGGUUUUGAGCGCUUGAGAGCGGAAAGCGCCUCUGCUAGUGGCGAAGAUGAUAAUUACACCGCUGCGAGCGACCCCACCAGCAGUGUAAACGAGUCCAUUGACUGGAUACGGUAUUUCCCAUUUAUGACCGCACAAACAAGCGGUCUCGCUAGUAUACUGCUUUCCAAUCAUAAAGACGCUGCAUUACUUGAUGAUCCAUGGUUAGGAACGAUGCCGCUGCAACUACAAGAUCUCUUCGGCGCCUUUGAGGGCUUCCCGAGCUAUAUACCAGUCUUUUAA